AUGUUCCGCUUGUCAACUACCCCGCGAUUCACACGUUGUUUCCAAGGACGACGACAAAGAAUAAGCAUAGCACAGAUACCGCCCGUACAAUUCAUAUCUUACUCUUCCAGCGCUGCUCAAUCAUUGUCGAUAUUACCAAAUUCAGCUUUUAGAAGCUUGAGAGUGUGCGGAGCUCGGUUCCAGCGUUUCGAGAGAUCUCAGCUGGGGUUAGAAUAUUGCGUACCUCGACGUCAGAUACAUUAUUACAGUAUGGGUUUGGAUAAGAAGGUCGCUAUGGAUAAGAUUUUGGAGGGGAAGUAUCCGGCGAAAGAACAUGCUAGGAAGGUGGUUGAGUAUCUUAGGAGUAAGGAGCCUGAGGCGGAGGGAGUGCUGUAUUUGGAGGCGCAGAAGACAGUUAUGAUUGAGGAUAAUGAUGAGGCGGCUCCUUUUAGACAACGUCGUUACUUCUAUUACCUAACUGGUUGCGAUCUUCCGGAUUCUUACUUCACUUACAAUAUCUCUACCGGGAAAAGUACUCUGUUCAUUCCUCCAAUUGAUCCAGAAUCAGUUAUUUGGACUGGUCUCCCACUCUCCCCUGAAGAAGCCCUCGCUCUUUACGACGUCGACGAAGUCCUCACCACUGACAUGAUAAACGCGCAUCUCGCCCUACCCAAUCAGUCUAAAGUCUGGGCCAUCGCUCCCCAAAUUUCUACUCACAUCACAUUCCUCGAAUUUCCACAAAAGGAUUUUACUCUCCUCAAAGAAGCUAUUGAGGAAGCCCGGGUCAGAAAAUCCGAAUAUGAAGUUGCAUUGAUUAGAAAGGCGAAUGAGAUAUCUACUGUUGGUCAUACGGCUGUUUUGAAGGCUGUCAAACAUGUAAAGAAUGAAAGGGAUUUGGAAGCCCUUUUUAUUAAAGAAUCUAUUGCCAAUGGAGCCAGGGAACAAGCAUAUCAUAGUAUUGUGGCGAGUGGAACAGCGGCUGCUACUUUGCAUUAUAUGAAGAAUUCAGAGGGACUUGAUGGGAAAUUGAAUUUGCUUUUGGAUGCUGGAGGAGAGUAUAAGUGUUAUGCUUCGGAUAUUACUAGAACUUUCCCCAUUAAUGGUAAAUUCACACCGGAAUCUCGCUCUAUCUAUGAUAUAGUACUUUCCAUGCAAUCCCAAUGCACCUCUAUGCUUAAAGCAGGUGUCUCCUGGGAUGAAGUACAUCUCCUAGCUCACAAAAUUGCAAUCGAAGGACUUCUCUCUUUAAAUAUUCUCAAAGGAGAUAAAGAUGAGAUUUUAAAGGCAAGAACUAGUGUUGCAUUUUUCCCGCAUGGAUUGGGUCAUUAUCUUGGAAUGGAUACUCAUGAUACUGGUGGACAUCCAAAUUACGAGGAUAAGGAUAGAUUAUUUAGGUAUUUGAGAGUGAGAGGGACAUUACCUGAGGGAAGUGUGGUAACAGUUGAGCCAGGAAUUUACUUCUGUCGUUUCAUCAUCGAACCUUAUCUUAAAGAUCCAGCUCAUGCUCAAUACAUCAAUGCGGACAUCUUGGAGAAAUACUGGGAAGUCGGAGGUGUAAGAAUCGAAGACAACAUUCUAAUCACCAAAGAUGGAUAUGAUAAUUUAACAACAUCGAUCAAAGAUGUUGAUGAGAUGGAAAAAAUCAUUAAUAGUGUCUAUUAA